AGGGGCGGGGACAGGCCAGUGAGAGACGCUCAGACAGGCGCCGCGGGUGAUUGGGAGGAAAGGGGCAGCGGAGGGCUUGUCAUGGGGAUCCGAGCGGCGAGACGGCGUUGGUAGCAUCUGGGGACGCCGAGGGGGGCCGGAAGUGUCACCGCCGGAGACCCCGGCUCCCGCUCCGCUGGGGGGAUCCCCGCUGCUCCGGUCCCGCGGAGGGAGGACAAAAAGGAGGGAGCCCUGAUCUCGCCCUCGCCCCGCCCCUGGGCUGGUUUACCGCGGGGGCGGGGAGUGAGGGCUGCUUUUGGGGGGAGUGGAGAUCGGGGGACGCGGCGGUGCCCUCUCGAGCGGCUGCCGGGAUCCCCGCGGCGCGGGCUGCGGAGCAGGGUGGCCACGGCGGCCGUGGCUGUUGCAUGUGUGGCUGCUGGAUGCGGAGGCGGCGGCGGCGGCGGCGGCGAGCAGCAGCGGCAGGAUGUUAGGGCAGCAGCAGCAGCAGCAGCAACUCUACUCGUCGGCGGCGAUCCUGACCGGGGAGCGCAGCCGGCUCCUCACCUGCUACGUGCAGGACUACCUGGAGUGUGUGGAGUCGCUGCCCCACGACAUGCAGAGGAACGUGUCUGUGCUGCGGGAGCUGGACAACAAAUAUCAAGAAACAUUAAAGGAAAUUGAUGAUGUCUAUGAAAAAUAUAAGAAAGAAGAUGAUUCAAACCAGAAAAAACGCCUACAGCAGCAUCUCCAGAGAGCAUUAAUCAAUAGUCAAGAAUUGGGAGAUGAAAAAAUUCAGAUUGUCACACAAAUGCUCGAAUUGGUGGAAAAUCGGGCAAGGCAAAUGGAGCUUCAUUCACAGUGUUUUCAGGAUCCUGCUGAAAGUGAACGAGUCUCAGAUAAAGCAAAGGUAGAUGCCAGCCAACCAGAAAGAUCUUCAAGGAGACCCAGAAGACAGCGAACCAGUGAGAGCCGUGACUUAUGUCACAUGACUAAUGGCAUUGAAGACUGUGAUGAUCAGCCACCUAAAGAAAAGAAAUCCAAGUCCGCCAAGAAGAAGAAACGCUCCAAGGCCAAGCAGGAAAGGGAAACGUCACCUGUGGAGUUUGCAAUAGAUCCCAAUGAACCUACAUACUGUUUAUGUAACCAAGUGUCUUACGGGGAGAUGAUCGGCUGUGAUAAUGAACAGUGUCCAAUUGAGUGGUUUCACUUUUCAUGUGUUUCACUUACCUACAAACCAAAGGGGAAAUGGUAUUGCCCAAAGUGCAGGGGAGAUAAUGAGAAAACAAUGGACAAAAGUACUGAAAAGACAAAAAAGGACAGAAGAUCGAGGUAGUAAAGGCCAUCCACGUUUUAAAGGGUUAUUUGUCUUUUAUAUAAUUCUUUCAGAAUUUACUUUCAGAAAAUGUUUUAGGGUAAAUGCAUAAGACUAUGCAAUAAUUUUUAAUCAUUAGUAUUAAUGAUGUAUUAAAAGUUGUUGUACUUUG